AUGUGCUUCCAUUUUUCAAGCAUAGGCUUCGUGAAGGAGGAACUCAAUGUACAACUCGACAGCGACGGGAGAGUAGUUGUCAGCGGACAACGUCCGACGAUGGACGGCCGGUGGAGCCGCUUCCGCAAGGAAUUCCGAGUGCCGGAAAACUGCGUCCUCGACAAGAUCAGUGCCAAGUUCGAGAACGGACUUCUUCAUCUUGUCUUCCCCAAGUCCAUCACCAAACCUUCUCCGCAAGACGACGGCAGCAUCAGGAAACAAGGAAGAGAGGAGGAGCAGGAGAAGGUUGGGAAACAAGAAAAGGAUCAGGUCAAGGAGGAUAAACCAAGGGAUGGCGAGAAGAAAGCAGCAGGUCGGGGUGGUGUUGGAUUAAGGCUGAGGCAGAUGAAGCUUGAGAUGGGCAGACUGGAACGUGAACUGCGCGACACCAGGAACUGCAGGCUUUGGCUGUGGCUGCUGUGGUUUCAGUGGGGGUGGGAUUGUAUCUAA